AUGAAGACUUGCGCUCGCUCCCUUCUUGCCCUUGCGGCUAUCCUCACCACUGCCCUCGCUGCGCCAACGCCUGCGAGCGGGGUGAGCUUCCCCAUCACUGAUCUCCUCGACAAGGACCUUACUGUCGAGGAGUACGCGGCACAGCUUGAGAAUCAGGACGUUGAAACACGUGACCUUACCAAGCGCCAGUUCAGCGGCGACACUUACAACCAACUGACUGACGGUACCGCCUGCCGUCGCGUAACUGUCAUCUACGCUCGUGGUACUACCCAAGCUGGUAACGUAGGCGAGGCCAACUCCGAAGGCCCAACCUUCUUCAAUGCUCUGGCUGCGCGUGUCGGAGGAGCUAGCAACUUGGCCAUCCAAGGCGUUACCUACCCGGCUAACGUCAUUGGCUUCUUGGCUGGAGGCGACGCCGCGGGUGCCACCACUAUGUUCAACUUGAUCAACCAAGCUAUUACACGUUGCCCCUCAACCAAGAUCGUUGUCUCCGGAUACUCCCAGGGCGCACAGCUCGUGCACACUGCUACACAGAGGCUAUCAGCCUCCGCCGCCUCGCGUGUCACCGCCGUUGUAACAUUCGGCGAUGCUGACCGUGACGAGUCUUUCGGCUCUGUUGCUGCUAGCAAGGUUCUCAUCAUCUGCCAUGCUGGUGACAACAUCUGCGACAACGGCAUCAUCAUCACCCCUGAGCACAGGAACUACGAAAUCGAUGCUCCUACUGCUGCCGCUUUCGUCGCCGCUCGCGUUUGA